AUGUGGAUCGAACCGGAGGAGGUUCUGCUGGCCGGGGCUCUUUGGGUCUCGGAGCGGGCCAACCCGUUCUUCAUCCUGCAGAGGAGGAGGGGGCACGGCCGCGGAGGGGGGCUGUCCGGUCUUCUGGUGGGAACGCUGGACGUGGUUCUGGACUCCAGUGCCAGGGUGGCUCCCUACAGGAUCCUGCUGCAGACCGCCGACUCCCAGAUCUACUGGAACAUUGCCUGUGGCUCGUCGAGGAAGGAGAUCACGGAGCACUGGGAUUUCCUGGAAUCCAACCUGCUGCAGACGAUCUCCAUCUUCGACAACGAUGAAGACGUCAUCACCUUCGUCAAAGGAAAGAUCUCGGGCAUCAUCGCGGAGGAGAACCGACUGAAGCGGAGCGAGGAGCAGGAAGAGAACAGCGGGAAGUUCCUGGAGGCGGAGCUGAAGAUGCGGAAGCUGUUUGGGAUGCCAGAGGAGGAGAAGCUGGUGAACUAUUACUCCUGCAGCUACUGGAAGGGGCGUGUCCCGCGCCAGGGCUGGCUCUACCUGUCCAUCAACCACCUGUGCUUCUACUCCUUCCUGCUGGGGAAGGAAGUGACGCUGGUGGUGCAGUGGACCGAGGUGACCCAGCUGGAGAAGAACGCCACCCUGGUGUUCCCGGAGAGCGUCCGCGUGAGCACCCGGAACGCCGAGCAUUUCUUCUCCAUGUUCCUGAACGUCAACGACACCUUCAAGCUGAUGGAGCAGCUCGCCAACAUCGCCAUGCGCCAGCUGCUGGACAAUGAGGCGUUCGCUGCCGACCGCUCGCUGCCCAAGGCCUGCAAGACGCUGAAGAACGUCUCUGCCCUGAAGAGGGACUUCGACGCCCGGGCCAAGAACGAGCGGUACCGGUCCAUGUUCCGGCUGACGCAGGACGAGCGGCUGGACGGACACACGGACUGCACGCUGUGGACGCCGUUCGCCAAGAUGCACGUGGUGGGCCAGCUGUUCAUCUCCAACAACUACAUCUGCUUCAGCAGCAGAGAGGAGGACCUGUGCCAGCUCAUCAUCCCACUCAGAGAGGUGACCAUCGUGGAGAAGGCGGACAGCAGCAGCGUCUUGCCGUGUCCCGUCUCCAUCAGCACCAAGAAUAAGAUGAACUUCCUGUUCGCCAACCUCAAAGACAGGGACUUCCUGGUUCAGCGGAUCUCAGACUUCCUGCAGCGGACGCCGGACGGCUCGUGGAGCGACACCAACCCGCUGUCUCUGAUUGGCUCCUCGGUACGCCAGGCCUGGCUGUCAGAACCUUGUGGUUCUGGUUCUGUCUCAUGUCUCUCUGUUCCCAGGGCUCCACCGGCGUCCCCCAAUCCGCAGGAUCCGACUCCGUCCACGAGGGGCGCCAUUACCACGGCGGCCCCCACCGCCCAGCAGGGCCUGCUGCGGCUGUUCCAGCAGGACGGCCCGGAGGACCUCGGCCCGAAAGCUAUGAAGGAGCGGAUGAAGGAGGAGGCGUGGAACAUUCACUUCUCCGAGUUCGGCCGGGGCGUCUGCAUGUACAGAACCUCCAGAACCCGAGAGCUGGUUCUGAACGGGAUCCCGGAGCGCCUGAGGGGGGAGCUGUGGCUGCUGUUCUCCGGCGCUCAGAACGAGAUGGCCUCCCACCCUGGCUACUAUGGCGACCUGGUGGAGCAGGCCACGGGCCUCUGCUCAUUGGCUACCGAGGAGAUCGAGCGCGACCUUCAUCGCUCGAUGCCCGAGCACAGAGCCUUCCAGAACGAGACGGGCAUCGCCGCGCUGCGCCGCGUCCUGACCGCCUACGCCCACCGCAACCCCAACAUCGGCUACUGCCAGGCCAUGAACAUCGUUACAUCCGUCCUGCUGCUGUACGGAACCGAGGAGGAGGCCUUCUGGCUGCUGGUGGCGCUGUGCGAGCGCAUGCUGCCCGACUACUACAACACCCGGGUCGUAGGAGCGCUGGUGGACCAGGCCGUGUUUGAGGAGCUGACCCGGGCCUUCCUGCCGCCGCUCUAUGACCACAUGCAGGCGCUGGGCGUCAUCACCACCAUCAGCCUGUCCUGGUUCCUCACCCUCUUCCUGUCCGUCAUGCCGUUCGACAGCGCCGUCCUGCUGGUCGACUGCUUCUUCUACGAAGGCAUCAAGGUCAUCUUCCAGGUGGCGCUGGCCGUCCUUCACGACAACAUGGACGCCCUGCUGGUCUGCAGCGACGAGGGCGAGGCCAUGACCGUCCUGGGCAGGUACCUGGAUAACGUUGUGAACAAGCAGACGGUGGCUCCGCCCACUCCCCACCUGCACGCCUUGCUGACGAGCGGAGACGACCCUCCGCCGGAGAUCGACGUCUUCGACCUCAUCAAGGCAUCCUAUGAGAAGUUUGGCAGCCUGCGCUCUGAUGUCAUCGAGCAGAUGCGUUUUAAGCAGAGGUUAAAGGUCAUUCAGUCGCUGGAGGACACGGCGAAGCGGAGCGUGGUGAGGGCGAUGAUGACGGAGCUGGCCUUCAGCAUCGAGGAGCUGGAGGAGCUUUACUGUCUCUUUAAGUCCAAGCACAUGACUAGCUGCUACUGGGGCUCCAGCAGCUCGGCGGCGCAGCGACACGACCCCAGCCUGCCCUACCUGGAGCAGUACCGGAUCGACCCGGUCCAGUUCGCCCAGCUCUUCUCGGCGCUGUCCCCCUGGGUCUGCGGAAGCCACACCCCCACGCUGUCGGCCCGGCUCUUCAGGCUGCUGGACCAGAACCAGGACGGGCUGGUCAACUUCAAAGAGUUCAGCACCGGCCUCAGUGGGAUGUACCACGGCGACAUGACGGAGAAGCUGAAGCUGCUCUACAAGCUCCACCUCCCGCCAGCUCUGUGUGCUGAGGAGGCGGAGUCUGCUCUGGAGGCCACACACUUCUUUACUGAGGACAAACUACAAGAAUCCUCCUUCCUGUCUGAUCUGGAUUCUGUGCGGCAGCAGGAAGUGACAUCAGGUGAAGAACCGAAGAAUGGAGGAGAAGAUGGUGAGGAGAAGAAAGAGGUGAAGGACUACAGGUACUACCUGAGGAUGUGGGCCAAGGAGAAGGAGCCCAAGAGGGAAACCAUCAAGGAUUUGCCCAGGAUGAACCAGGAGCAGUUCAUCGAGCUUUGUAAGACGCUGUACAACAUGUUCAGCGAGGAGCCGAGCGAGCAGCAGCUGUACCACGCCAUCGCCACUGUGGCCAGCCUCCUGCUGCGCAUCGGAGAGGUCGGCAAGAAGUUUGGCAACGGCGCCAAGAAGGCCGAGGCCCCGCCUCCCGUCCCGCCGGGGGAGGAGGGGCCCGGCAAGGGAACCUCGACCGACGCUCAGGUGUGCCGGGCUCUGGCCGACGCCCAGCUGGAGCCGCCGGCGCCUCCAUCUGACGAGGAGACGAAGGACGACACGUCGGUGUCGUCGUUCUCGGUGGUGAGCUCCGGCUCGCUGCAGUGCGAGGACAUCGCCGACGACACGGUGCUGGUCAGCGGCGAGGAGAGGCGGGGAAGCGCGCUGGAUGCUGAUUGGUCAAUCACCUUUGAGCAAGUGCUGGCCUCACUGUUGACAGAACCGGCGCUGGUCGAGUAUUUUGAGAGGAAGAUGGACAUCCAGGCCAAAAUGGCUGCCUGUAAGGCCCAGCGGGCCGUCGAGCGCCAGAUAAGCUCCGCCUCCGACCACGAACUCAGCCAGCAGUCCUCCUGACUCACCUGAUCAUCUGAUCACCUGAUCAUCUGGUUACCUGGUUACCUGGUCACUUAGUUACCUGGUUAGCUCACCACUCAAUUCUCCCUCCUCCUGAUUGGUCACCUGCAUUUCCUGUGUCUGUUUGACUCUGAUUGGAGCAUUACUGAUGAUGUCAAAUCACUCUGACUGGUCAGACUGAGCUAUGACAUCAUCAUGUGACUUCCUGUGGGUGUUUCACAGCAAAAGCUUAGCUGGUGUUUAUUGAUCUCUGAUUGGUUCGCCGGUCUGCUGCAGGUGAACAGGUGUAUAUACAUCCUGUUUGUCACAUGACUCUGUAGUGAUGUCAUCACAGGAAGUUGGUUUAUGUCCUUGUUUUCGUGAAUUUAAAAAAAAAUAAUGGCUGAAAACAACAAACAAGUUCAGUGUUCAUUCAAGCUUUUAUUUUGUAGCUGUUGUUUUUGUUCCCCGUUUACUUCCUGUCCAGAGUGACAUCACAGUAUUUUUAUCUGUUUAUCUGUCUGCUUUUAAAUCUGUUGCAUUAAUCAGUUAUUGAUCUGUUCAAAUAAAAAUGAA